AUCGGCAGCUCGCGUACGCGCAUAAUACAUAGAGCCAGCUAUAUAUAAGCGCGGAGAGCACCCGAGAGAGCCGCAGCGGCUCGUGCAUGUGCAAUCCUACUCUGUAUCAACACGUGUGCGCUGCUGUUGGCUCGCGUGCGGGUGUCUCGCUAUUCCGCAUUGGAAAAUAGGAGCCUAUAUAUACAUAAUACAAGCUGCGCGACGAUAUAUAAGCGGCAGCGGCGAGUUGCACAAAGUGCUAAAAGAGAAUAUACGCGUAUUAUGCGCUCGCGCGAGUCAGUGUGGGUACGGAGAGGUUCGAUAUAUAUAUAUAGUGGUUUUGCUAUAUUGUGUGUAUAUGAUAGUAGUAGUGGUGCUGCAGCUCCUUUAUAUAUGACCGCGUGUGUACAUAAGUGCGCGACAAAUUGAAGUAGUUAUUUGCGUUCCGCGUUGCUGGACAGACGAGAGCGUAGCACGGCAUAUACAUAUUAUAAAUCGGCUGAAGAGACUGCUUGCUGCUGCUCCUGAAGGAGCCAAUCGAAGCAAUAAUUUACUCUUCGAUCAUUGAAAUUCAACGUGAAAAAUAAAGCCAUCGGCAGCAGGCAGCGAGAAUGAAGGAUCAAACGAGUCCCCUGACCACAGAGGCAAUAAACGAGGCGGCUGCGACGACGAUCGAGGACGUGACUACGACUCCGAGCGCGGCACCUACCAAAUUAUUAUCCGAAGACGCGACGAGCGCAAACAUCGAGAGCGACGAAGACAGCGGCUACCUGAACGCCUCGGAUAAUUCGCUCAGCGCCGACGACGUUGCUACGUGCGAAACUUCCAUCAAGAGUCGUAGUAGCGAGGAGGAAACGAAGCAGCAGCAGCAGCACAAUGACAAGCAGCCAAGCGACGACAGCAGUGGAAGCAAUAGCAAUGAUGAAGAAAAUUCCGCCGUCUCGUCAUCGUCGUGGCGUCUGGAUGUGCCGAGCAAAGUGGAAACUAUGUCGGACGACAAGCUCGUCGAGAUGCUUAAGUCGCUGGGAGAGGAAUUCGAGAAACUACCCGAGCAAGUAGACAGGCGCAAAUGGGCCAAGUCGAGGGUGGCCGAGCUCUUCGGCGAAACGCUGACGCAGCCGCUGCUCGACGUCGCGGCGGGCCAUCUCAUUGACGGCGACAGCGGAAUAAGCAUGGACCAGAGGCCCGACUGGCUCGAUCCCGACAAGUUUCGCCGCGGCCAGAUUUUCGCGCGCGACUUCCAGUUCGGCAUCUCCUACGCCGAGCUCAUCUCCCUCUUCAUGGUGUUCUCGUUCGAGGAGGGCCUGAAGCCCCUCAUCAUGACGUCGCAGUCCGGCACGCCGUUCACCGCCUUCAAGAGAUACCUGUCGACCGGCUGUCGAGUUCAGAGCUGGUACACGUCCGACCCUUGGACCAAGGGCACCCAAGCCUACAGGGACAUGAAAGCCGUGCGCAUGAUGCACGCGGCGGUGAGGAAGCGCAUCGAAGCGACGACGAUCCCCGAGUACGAGGCCAAGACGAGGAUCGACGACGCCUGGUGCCCGACGCUCAACGUCAUCCGGCGCGACUUCCAGUCCACCUGUCCGGCCCCUGCGCCCGGCCAAUGUCCGUACAUGAUCGUCAGUAAAUAUCCCGAGCUGAGGGGCAAAAAAUUGAGCCAAGGCGAGAUGGCCUCGACGCAGUUCGCGUUCGUCGGUCUGGUCGUGCUGAAUCCGAAAUUUUUCGGCAUUCACGCCAGCGACGAGGAUCUGGAGGCUUUUUGCCACACUUGGAGAGGGAUCGGAUAUUUGCUAGGCAUCGAAGACGAGUUCAAUUAUUGCCGAGGAACUUUGGCGGACGUCAAACAAAGAACCAUGGACUUCAUCGAGUACUGGGUUAAACCGAAUUUCCGACAAAUCACUCCGGAAUGCGAACACAUGAUGAGAUGCGUCGUCGAGGGUCUUCAAUACUAUUUUCCCGGCUCCACCUACGAGACGUGCAUUCUAGAUUUGGCCUCGGUAUUGAAUCUUCACAUGCCGCGUUUGUACAAUUCGUUGUCCUAUCAAGCUUGGAUCAGGCACAAUGUCAUAAGAAUGUACUUCAAUUUCUGGAGUCGAUUUUCUGGAAUGCGGACUAUGAUGAACAAUCAACUGAAUCGAUCGAUAGAAAAGGCACGUAAAUUCGACGACGAGAAACUCAACAGCUUAAAAAUUAAAUCCGACAAAUUACUCGAGAGCUACAGAAACAAAUUGCAACAAAAUCGCGAGGCGAACGAUAUCGAUCAGAUACAAGUGGAAUAAUACGACGAGCUGAGAACGAGCAACAAAAAAAUAGACUGUGAUAUAUUACUUUAUGUUAUUUACACCUUUUUCACUUUUUUUUCUCUCCUUCGCCUCUGCAAGAAGGUUACUUUUUUUCGUUAAAAGAUGUUGUCAGCAACAACAACCAUACAUUGUAUAUUACACGCUUCGCGAUGGAUCAAAACUUGCAAAAGAUUUGACAUGCGGUAAUAAAACAGCGAACUUUACGAUCCCUAUUAUGGAAAGUAGGCAACAAUGAUUUUGAUGUGCGCGCUUAAUGUAUGCGUAAUUUUUUUCUCCCUCCUCGACACACGGUCAUAUAAAUCUUAUGAUAUAGGAUAAGCAUAAUUCAUGGAACUCGCAACAACAAAUCGAGCUCGAGAAUCGUGAGUUUCGUUUUCCGAGAUCAUAUUUCUCGCAUAAUUGAGCACCGCCAAGUUAUCUUUAUUGUUAGAGCAGAAUCUUGCCAGGUACAUACACGUGUACGAAGAACUGAAGCAAUAACUGUGUGAGCAGUGGGUCGUUGGAAAAUUCGACGCAUUGCGCGUAUUUCGUCCGAGAGAGCAGUACACAGCUUGUAUGGUCGCAAGAACUCAAAAAUAAGCGGGUUAACUGCGUUUGUGAUUGAUGCAGCUGCUGUCGUAAACACUAUGUAUAAAGUCGGCUGUAUGAAAAGUAAUACUUGCUGAAGCAAUAAUGUCAUUGAUUCGUUGGAGCACGUAUUAUUCAUAAGAUUGUAAAAUAUUCAAUGAAUUAUAUCGUAAUAUUUUUGAUAACAAGCUUAAUUUUUAAAGGA